AUGUUGCCCAAUAGAAAGAAUUGCAUUUACUCAUUGGACGCUUAUUCAGGGGUCCAAAAGAAUCGUUACCGAUAUGACUUAAAAAAGAACGAAAUCCGGGCGUCCACGGCGAAAUGCAGCGGCGGCUCCCCCCACAGGGAGCGACGACGACGCGAUGACGACACGUCCACGGCGAGCGGCUUCGCGGCGGCGCUGCACCGCACCCCCCCGCCGCCCCCGCCCGCCCUGCUGCGGCGGCUCGGCGUGAAGGAGCCCACGGGCGUCGGGAAGCGCCGCGCCGCGCUCAUUAACUUUGCGAUCGUCAGUUGUCUUAUUAAACGCAACCAAUUAGCGGAGCCGGGCGCCGGCGCCCUUAAAUCAUUGACUCGGCCG